UCUUCUUGUUAUGUGUGCCAACGCAUCGCUGUGACUGGCAGUUUUACAAGAACCACAUAGCAUUGAAGAGAUAAAAUUCACAUAUACAGAGACUGUGUAAUUUCAACACACAAGAGCAGGCGAAAUCCAGCACGUUUGUGGGUACAAGAAAUUAAACGAAUACGAAUGAGUUAUUAAGCACGAGCUAAAGUUAACCCCAACAAACGAAAGUAACUGAUAUUGUAAUUGGCAAGUUCAUUGCACGAGUAAUAUAUUUGGUUAUAUACAUACAUAUAUAAAUAUAUAUACAUAUAUGUAUAUAUAUCUAUGCGUUCGUGUGUAUGCAAGUGCGUGUGUAUUUGUGUAGUAAGCAUGUGUGUGAAUAAGAAAUUUGCGAACUCGAUAAAACAUCGUGCAGAUUGUUAAGUGGCAGUCCGACCUACGUUCAAUAUAUAUAUAUAUUAUUUGUAUAUAUAUAUAUAUAUACUUUGAUAUAUAUAUACAUAUGUGCACACAAUGUAUUCGUGUUUCUCCUGCCAAAGCAGCGCAUAAGCUCAUAGGAUGUUCAUAGAUAAUAGUAGGUCGGGCAAGCAACGUCAAGAGACAAAAACCGAAAACAGAAGCUGAAGCAGAACCGGAGCGAGAUGUGAGAAGCGGCUAAAAAAAAAGCUAAAACAAUACCAAACACAAAAAUCCCGCAGUGUAAAACGAGGCAGUAGCAACAGCAGCAGCAUAAGAAGAAGAACCAAAAAAGAAAACUUGUUUGAAACAAGCAAACGCCAAGACGAGACAACGACGACGAACAAGACGCUAAAAGGCAAUUUAAACUCUGAGCUGAGACGUGCAAAGCAAAGCAAAGUAAAGCAGAAACAGAAGCAACAACAGCGGCGGUAGCGGCAGCGGCAUUUGCAGUCGUCUGCUUUUUCAGCCAAACGCGAAUAAUAUCAAACGCGAUUGGCGAUUAGCGAUAGGCGAUAACAUACAAAACAAUAUAACAGCACCAACAGCCGAAGCAUGGAUGAGGAUGACAACAUAUCCAAUGCUGAUAUAAGUAUCGACGAAGAAGAUGAUGACGACGAUGAGCAGGAACAGCAGCACCCACAGCAGCAGCAACCACAGCAACAACAACAUCAACAUCAUAUACAACAACAGCAGAGUAGCAGCAGACGACGAGCGGGCAAUCGCGAUCGAAUCGAUCUGGUUCAGCUUCAAUCAUAUCGGCAACAAUUUCAGCUGGCAAAUGUGGCCAGCAGCAGCAGCAGCAGUACGAGCAGCAGCACUACAAGCGCAGAUAGCGGCGCAGCUCGCACUGUUGCCGCAGAAGCUGGCGCGGCCGGCAAUUCACCGUUCCACGAUUGGGAUACACAACAGAGUAGCGCUGCCCGCAGCGGCAAUAGCAAUACCGGCAGCGGACUGCAAACGAACUCAGAGGAACUGAACGAUGCUGGCGCUGGGAAUGCAGGCGCUAAACCCACCUUCUUUUUUAGCACAUCGUCGUUUAUAUUGCGUAGCCGAAAGGAUGUGGCCGCUUUAAUUAAUACAGAAUGUUGCCGUGGCAGUCCAACGCCCGAUUUAGAUUCCAUAAUGGAUACACUAUUUAAUCCUGGCACUCCCAUCGACAAUCCCGAUAAUAUUGAAUGGAUACGUUGGCUGAUAGCUGGCGGUCGCACGCCCAAGGAAUUUGUCAAAAUUGUUCGCAGCUACGAUAAUCAUGCCAAAUGCGGUUUGGUUUGGGUGCCUCACGUGGUGGCAUAUCGCUGUCGCACCUGCGGAAUUUCGCCAUGCAUGUCGAUAUGUCGCGAUUGCUUUAAGAAGGGCAAUCAUACCAACCAUGACUUUAAUAUGUUCUUGUCACAGGCAGGUGGCGCCUGCGAUUGCGGCGAUACGUCUGUGAUGAAGGCGGAGGGAUUCUGCAGUGAUCAUGGCAUCAAUAAUCGAGUCAAUCGCGAUCCGGUGCCCAAUAAUCUGUUGGCCGUUGCGGAGGCAAUCAUGCCAAAGUUGCUGUUCCGUCUGCUGCAACAUUUUCGAGAGGACAGCGAUGUUUCAUUGGCGCCUGCCCUCACCGCGUAUUCGUGCGAGGCUUUCGCCAAUAUGCUAAUCGAUUUGAACAAUAUGGGCGAGAUAAUGCGCAAAGUGAUGACCCGCACGCUAAUCAAUGCCGAUGUCUAUUCAUAUUUUAUGGAAACACCCUUCCAGGAUACGCGCAACGGACGCUUUCUCAAGGCGAAUCGUGAGAAAUAUGAGGAUGCGGUCAAUCGGUUUCCCAAUCCCGAGCCGCCCGAUGAGUAUCGCGAUUUGCCAGCUUUGGGCAAGAAACUGGUGCACACGACACUGCUCGAGGAAUUCAUAUUUUGGACAUUUAAAUUUGAAUUUCCACAAACGUUGGUCUGCUUUCUGCUCAACAUGUUGCCCGAUCAGGAUUACAAGGAACAUCUGACGCGAACAUUUGUGAUGCACUAUAGUCGCAUUCCAUCGGUGCUUGAAAUGUCCAGGGAUCCGGAUACGCUUAGCAACCGGGUUGUCCAUAUGAGCGUGCAGCUCUUCUCUAAUGAAAGCUUGGCCCUUAAAAUGGUCAACGAGCUGUCGCUGUUGCAUGUGAUGAUAAUCAGUUUAAAACUGAUGAUGUCCAAGAUACUCAUACAAAAUACGCUGCACGAUCCCUCAAAGAACUUUCAUUUUGUGAUCGAUUGUACACGGCAAGUGAUGAAGGAUCAUUGCUAUUGGCCACUCGUAUCGGACUUUAAUAAUGUCCUAUCGCAUGAGUCUGUCGCAUUGGUCUUUCUUCGCGAUGAUAAUCUCAUUGACAUGUGGUUUCAGUUCCUGCAAAUGUUGCAGGGCAUGAAUGUGAAUGUUAGAGAAACGGCAUCGCAUGUUGAAUUCGAGCCGAAUAGCUAUUAUGCCGCAUUCUCAUGUGAGCUGGAGGCGAGCGCCUACCCCAUGUGGUCCAUCAUAUCUCAUCUGCAGGAUGGCACCCAUGCGCAUCUCGCCAAAAAGAUCAUUAACUACUGUGUAACAACGCUGCACGAAUGGCUAGACUCGAUCUACUUCAGGGAGCCCAAAUUGUCGCUGGAGGAAAUGAUGCAGGCCUCAUUUCAUUUUCCGCUGCAUCGAUAUUUAGCCGCCUUUGUCUGUCAAGCCGUCACCAAAAUGGGCAUCAGCCUCAGCGAUGUACUACCCUCACGUCCCGACAUUUUACCUUUGCUAAUGAUACAUCCGUUGCGAGUGCAGAGCUUUUUCUACGAAAUUCUUGCCGGAAAAUGGGUGCGCAACGGUCUGCAAAUCAAGGGCCAAGCAAUGACCUACAUACAAGCGAACUUUUGCAAUUCCAUGGCCGACAUGGAUCUAUUCUUUUUGCAAAUUUGCGCAACAAACCUGUCGCAAUACUUCUUUCUGCAAAAUACGAUCGAAUUGUUCGACGUGGGUCAAUGGCUGGAAACGGCGCCGCUGAAACAGCCGCAAAAACCGGAACAAUCAUCGAUGCUAGAGGGCUUCCUCACAUUCCUGGCCACCCUGGUGACAAGUCGCACCAAUUUAGGCAACGAUGAGGCCACCCAAUGCAUCAUUGAGAUUAGCGCCCUAUUGGCAACUGAAAAUAAGACACACUCGCAGCUGCUUGAACUGAUGCCCGAGCGUUCGGGCAAUGUGCAUACAAAGAACUUUGAGACGUUCCUCAAGAAGCUUUCCGUAUAUAAGGCCCCAUCUAGCGGAUCAGAGAAUCUGGAACAGGGUCUCUUCACUCCCAUCGAUGAGGUGUGGGAGGAAUAUUAUGAUCCAUUGCAUGUGCUGCUGCGCGCUGUGCAUCGGCGUGACUUCCAAUCGUCGCUGGAUCGCUUCACCAACUAUGUGAAGUCCAAGGACAAAAUGCCAGCCAGUGGAAAUUUAUGGCCACCUUUUCGAUUGCCAUUGCCGGUGGGCAGCUCAUUCACCGAUCCCUGCCGAAUUCUUAACUCCCGUCUCUUCCACUCGACCAUAUUGUCGAUUUUCUUUCGGGCCGUGCACACGCGAGAUGUGUCCGAGCAUCUGCUCGCCUUGGCUGUCUUUCUGCUGGAGAUAGCCGUGGAGACGAGCAGCGAUAUAAAUGCAGCCGGAGCGGGAUCAGGAGCUGGCACAUCGUCCAAUUCGUUUGGCGGCGCUGCAGCCUCACCAGUUGCCAUGGUCGAGUGUGAGCCGCAGCAUAAAUCUGGCUACUAUUAUGGCGGCAAUAGACGUGAGCCGCCCAAGCUCUUCCACUGUUAUCCCACGGACAAUCUCAGCUGCAAUCUGCGACAUGUGGUGACAAAGGUUUCGCUAAAGUCGCGUGAUCCACAGGUGACCACGUCCAGCUACCGCUCGAAUCCGUUCUUCACAGAUCUGGACUUCGAUGUCGAUACGGGAGCAAUGCGCAUGAUUGGCGACACCUACGGCCUGGAUGAUCUCGAUGAAACAUCGGGUGCAAUGAGUGUGGCACGCACGCAACAGCAGCGCAACAAUAAUGCGCUCACACGCAUGCGCAUGGAGGUGGCAUUGGUGCCCGAUCUGUCGGUGGUUGCCGAAACGGGCGUUGUUUUACUACAGCCGGAUGGCAAUGAUGCCGAUGGCCAUGAUGCGGCCAUGGAUAUGAGUCCGGCCACGGCCGAUUUUCAUCAUUUUCCAUUGCAACAGAUAACGCUGCCCGAGAGCGGCAUGGAAGUGGCCAUAAGACGUGAUCUCCUGCUAGCCGAGACGACGACAUCAACAGCAACUGGAGCGGCAUUGACGCACGACGAUCGUGAUAGGGAUCGAGAUAGGGAUAGGGAUCGGGAUCGGGAUAGGGAGCGUGAGCCACGUCACACUGGCUCCACGAACACAACCAAUGAAAUGUUCUCACCCACAACGCCAACGGGCGGCAUGCUGUUGCCCUUCCAGCGGGUGCGUCUGCCAGUGGCUGUGCCUAGCAGCAACAUGGAUGUGGUGCCAUCGAAUGCGUUGAGCAGCGGUGCUGUUGUUGGUGCCAGCAGUCGUAUGAGCUACGAUCCAAGUGGCGGACGCAAGCGAACCGUUGACAUUGCCAUCGGUGGCCCCGGCAACAAGGAUGAGCUACAUAUGGAUGAGAGCAUAUUGUCGCUGCUGCUCAAGCUGCAUUCGCAGCUAAGCGGCAAUUUGGACAGCUUCUCGCUCAGCGAUGGCGGCAGUGGUAGCAGCAACAGCAGCAGCAACUCUACGGCCUCGGCCUCGCCCUCGGCCAUGGAUGUGGACUGUAAUGAGGCGAGCACCUCGACGAGCACAGCGCUGGCCGAGCGUGGCCAUCAUUUUAGCUCUAGCUAUAAGCACAUCCGAGUGUCCAAUUCACGCAUCGGCGACGGGCCCUUCUUCAUUGGGAAUCUGCUGCGCAAGAUCGCGACACGGGAUGAGCAGUGUGCGCAGAGCAUCGAUGAUAUACGGGCGCGACUCUGGCCCAAUCAGCGCGAGAAACAGGCGGAGGCGCGUGCGCGCGAGACCAAGGAGAAGGAGGAGCGCCGAAAGAAGGCACGCGAGCGGCAACAGAAAAUGAUGCAGGACUUUGCCAAUAAGCAGAAACAGUUUAUGCAAUCGGCCGCGGCGGCGGCCAACAAUAUGGACUUUGGGCCGGAGGAUGAGGACGAGGAGGCCAUGUACGAGGAGCAGCCAAGGGAAAAGGAAUACGAUUGCAUCAUCUGCAAUUGCACAACGGCCAGCACCGAAACGAAUCCCAUUGGCCUCGUUGUCCUGGUCGAGUCCAGCGGCAUCGUUGGCCAUCGACGUCGCAUUGCCGAACGUCUGCCCCUGCCCCUAAAUGAUACGGACAAAGAGCGUUUGGCGCACACCACGCGAUUGGCCAGCGAAUUUGCCCGGCGCACCGAACUGCUUGGGCUCAAGUUUGGCGACGAGUCGUGGUAUCUAUCCAAUAACAUGGCCUACGACAACGGCGUCCAUGUGCAGUCGUGCGGCCAUCAUGUGCAUCUCAGCUGCCUGGAGGCGUAUCUGAAGACGCUCUACACGACGCAACGACAGCCCGUGCAGGAUCGUGGCGAAUUCUAUUGUCCUGUCUGCCGACAGCUAUCAAACUCUGUGCUUCCACUCAGUCCACAGCUGGACAGGCCGACGCAUCUGGUCCGCUCCGGCAAUCAGCCGUUCGAGCAGCUAGUCGCCGAUCUCACUGAUCUGAUCAAGGAGAAUGAAACGAUACCGCAACCGACAAAACUAAUCGAGGCCAUGGGUCAUGCCAUGGAGGUGAUGACCAACAUAGCGCAGCGCAAGGUCAAAUCUUCGAAGAUCACAUUUCGGAAGCUGUUCAUAUUUGUGACAUCGAUAGCGCGCACCAAUCUGGAGGCAGAGAUCAUACAACGGGGUGGGUCGCUGUGCUCCUCGAAUGCGACGCGCUACAAGCCGAAACGGGAUUGCAUUGUGCCACUGUUGCAUGUGCUGUCGGUGCAUGUGCGCGUCCUGGUCGAAUGGCCGCUGUGGAGCAGCUGGGCAUCGCUGGCCGGGAUGCCGGUCACCGACGCGGAGCCAUUGCCCACGCAUUGUCGCGAGGUGAUUCCCAGUCUGCUGGCGGAUCCCAUAGCGCUACUGCUCAAAUUCAUAUUGCUGGCGCCGCUGCAUCUCGAUCAGGAUUACUUCACCUGCAUGGUUAAGGUCAUGUACAAUCUGCUCUACUAUCAGAUUGUUGCGCAGUUGUGCGUUACGCUCACCGAGCUCGAGUGCGAUCACAUUUUGGCCAAUUACAGCAGCGAAGCAGUUCCAGUUGGGUCGCCCGCCACAGCAGCAACAGAAACUGCUGCAGCAGCAGCAGCAGCAGCAGCAGCAGCAGCGAAUAGCAGCAGUGGGAGCGGGAGCAGCGGUAGCAAUCGUCGCAGCAGCAGCGCACGUUUUGGCCCAGCGCAGAGCUGUGCGGAGUUGGGCAGGGCGAUGGCCUUGGUACUAAAUCAAACGAAUCGUCUAACGCAUCUGCGACGUGACAGCCUGCCCAGCACCAGUAGCAGCAGCAGCACCACCAACACCACAACAACAACAGCAGGAGCAGCUGGUGGCAACAGCAGCACCAGCAGCCGAACGGACACUGAGCUCAAUCUGAAGUCAAUGGAGCUGCAGCUGCAAUCGUUGUGUUUGCCAUUUUUGCGAAUUGCCGCGCUGCUGCGUCAACAUCUAUAUAGGCACGAGAUGCCAGAGAUAUCGGCGCCUGGCCUGGAAUUUGUGCGUUUGGUUUACUAUUUGGAACUGGUCACAGAUUCCAUGGACUGGGAUUGCUUUAAUGCAUCGAAGGGAUUAUGCUUUAUACCCGGCACCGAGCAUACCUUGCCACAGUUUUGGUGCAAGCAGCUAAUGGACGUUCAUCCGCCAUCCGAUACGGUGCGCGAGCUGAUACUCAUGAACCAACACUCGCUGUGGCAGCAGCCGCGUCUGCUAGAGCUGCCGCGCGAAUACGAGCGUCUCUUUACGUACUAUCAUGAACGUCCAUGCCUCAACUGCUAUAAGGUGCCGAAGGAGAGUUCCAUUUGUUUGCUGUGCGGCACAAUUGUGUGCCUCAAGCAGAACUGCUGUGCCGAAAAGGAAUGCUGUGAAGCCGUGCGGCACACACUAUCCUGCGGCGGCGGCAUUGGCAUCUUUUUGGUUGUCACCUCGACGUAUAUAAUUGUCAUUAGGGGGCGACGCGCCUGCCUGUGGGGCUCACUCUAUCUGGAUGAUUUCGAUGAGGAGGAUCGUGAUCUCAAACGCGGCAAGCCGCUGUAUCUGAGUCAAGAUCGAUUCAAUUUGCUGGAAUCACAGUGGCUUUCACAUAAAUUUGCACACACAAAGCAUACAUGGGUGUUCCAUCGUGAUCUCUUGUGAAACAUGGAAGACCUAUUGCGCAGCAUACAGGAGCUGGUUGGCCAGAUCUAAGCCGGAAGGAGAGAGAGCGAAAGAAAUCAAACCAAACCGAAAGCGUGAUUCGAACCCUCACCUCCCUCCACCCCAGCUACGUUUUGAUCUAUGAAAACGGUGCGAUGCGAUGCGAUGCGAUGCAGUGCAAAUUGCAUCUGGGUCUAAGCUGCAUAUACCUGGUCUCUCAUCAGCUCCCCCCUCCCCACACACACACAAACACACACACACAUACACAUACACACACAC